AAAAAAAAAGCUUAGAAGAUCAAAUUCUUGACACGUUGCUUUUACUGUGUAAGUCAUAUUCUCACCGUACCAACUUGUUCACAAACACGGAUUCCUUUUCCUUUUCCUUUUUCUGGUUUCCUCUGAAACUUUCCUGAAAAUCUCCAUUUUUUUUUCCGUUCCAUUUUGUCUUCUGUUCUUAUUGCUCCUACUCGUUUUGGGUGCUCUUUCCUCCAAGAUUUAGUUCUGGGUGUUGUGUGUUUUUGCUUCAUUCGUUCUGGGAAUUGGGAAUCUUAUCUGGUCGUUUGAUAAAAGUAAGUUUGUCUUUCAAUUCAAUGUGGGUCUAAAGGUCGAAUAUAGACCACCAAGUAUGUUCCCUGGUCCAGUUAAGUACAAGUACAGCGAGCACCGACGCCAAACCAAGAUGUUUGGGCCGGCUCCGGCUCCGGCUGCUGGGUUUUCCGGCAAGAGAAAGUCGCCGGAGGUCAAUGGUGGUUUGCCUAGAGUUGUACGGAUUUCCGUCACUGACGAUGAUGCUACGGAUUCCUCCGGUGACGAAGGAGAGCCCGAGCCCUCCGGUGGGCGGCGGAGAGUGAAGAAGUACGUGAAUGAAGUGACGAUUGAGCGGUGUGGACGAGAUAGCUACGGAAACGACGGCGUUUUGAAGAGGCGGAAGAUGGCGCCGGCGCCGGAGCCGGAAAGCCGGUUGAAGAAGAAGAAGAUGGUUAACAAUGUGCGGAAGUAUCGGGGCGUGAGGCAACGGCCGUGGGGCAAAUGGGCGGCGGAGAUAAGAGAUCCACUGAGACGCGUACGGCUGUGGUUGGGCACGUACGAUACUGCCGAAGAAGCCGCUAUGGUUUACGACAACGCGGCAAUUCAGUUGCGUGGCCCUCACGCGCUCACCAACUUCUCCGUCCCUUCCACACCCGCUAGCCUCGUCGACAACCACCGCAAGCCGGAAUCUCCGUCCCUCUCCGGCUACAACUCCGGCGAGGAAUCUCACGCCAGCCGCCGCUCUCCCAACUCCGUUUUCCUCUUCAACUCCGAAGCAGAUUCCGAGCCUAUAUUCGCCCAUCCAGACGACGUCGUCAUCUCGGAAAAUUUCUCAAGCUUCUCGCCUUUUCCGGAUCACUGGUUCGAGAACCCGGUCCAGGAACCCGGUUUAUUCCACGAACCGGGUUUCCCAGACGAAAUUUUCGAAGAAAGCUGCUCUGAGAUGUUCAUCGGGUCAAGUCAUAAUUUCGGACUCGGGUCAUCCACCAUCCCCGCGGACGAUUACUUCCAAGAUUUCGAAGACGUAUUCGGGUCGGAUCCCCUGGUCGCCCUUUGAGAUUCCAAAUCUCCCUGGUUUAGAUACUCUAGAGUCUAGACAUUAUGGUUAAUAUAAAUCAGUUUUGUUAAUUAGGGGUUAAGUACGAUGUAGUAGUAAUUAGUAAAUAGUAAGCAAGUCCGUUAAAUUAACGGUGACGGGCUUUGGAGAGUAAACAUGUUGGUUUUGUGUUUCGUGCUUGACUCAUUACCAGUGGUUAGGCUGCUGUUUGAGAUUGAGGCACGUGCACGAAACACGUGACCUUUGGAGUUAUAGAGUAGGUGAAUGGGCGAAAUGGACUGAAUACGUUUACGUAUGCGUGAGCUGUCACGUGCUCGACAAAAAACAUAUCAUUUCCUGUCGGAUGGUAGGAAAUUCAGUAAAAACCAAAAAAAAAUUCGACAGGUGUUUCGUAUACGCUCAGAAAAUAAUAAAUGUGUUUUGGCUA